CUGGACGCAUUACUAGGGCGACGAGCCCGACGCCUCCCCGAUUUGGGAUGAAUUAGCGGCGGGUUCUGCUCAGAGGUUGUGACCCCCAAGAUUCUCCAGCUCGUCCACGCGACCCCCACGGUGAAGCGCGACGUCCUCUGCUGGUCACAGAAUCAUGGUGUCAUGGAAAGGGAUUUACUUUAUACUCAUUCUGUUUUGCGGAAGCUUUUUCGGAAGCAUUUUCAUGCUGGGCCCCUUUUUACCUUUGAUGCUUGUAAGCCCAUCUUGGUAUCGUUGGAUCAACAACCGCAUUGUGGCAACCUGGCUCACGCUGCCCGUGGCAUUGUUGGAGACCAUGUUUGGUGUGAAGGUGAUUAUAACAGGUGAUGCAUUUGUUCCUGGGGAAAGAAGUGUCAUUAUCAUGAAUCAUCGGACGAGAAUGGACUGGCUAUUCCUGUGGAACUGUCUGAUGAGAUAUAGCUACCUCAGAUUGGAGAAAAUUUGCCUCAAAGCUAGUCUCAAAAGUGUUCCUGGAUUUGGUUGGGCCAUGCAGGCUGCUGCCUAUAUCUUCAUUCAUAGGAAAUGGAAGGAUGACCAGAGCCAUUUUGAAGACAUAAUUGAUUAUUUUUGUGAUAUCCGUGAACCACUGCAACUCCUCCUAUUCCCAGAAGGGACUGAUUUCACAGAAAACAGCAAGGCUCGAAGUAAUGAGUUUGCUGAAAAGAAUGGACUUCCGAAAUAUGAGUAUGUCUUACACCCAAGAACUACAGGCUUUACUUUUGUGGUAGAACGUCUAAGAGAAGGUAAGAACCUCGACGCAGUCCACGACAUCACGGUGGCGUACCCUCACAACAUUCCUCAGACAGAGAAGCAUCUCGUCCUCGGGGACUUCCCCAAGGAGAUUCACUUCCACGUGCACCGCUACCCGGUAGAUGCCCUCCCCAUGUCCAGGGAGGACCUGCAGCUCUGGUGCCACCGGCGCUGGGAGGAAAAGGAAGAGAGGCUUCGUGCCUUCUAUCAAGGGCAGAAGAAUUUUCAGUUUACGGGACAGACUGUAAUUCCACCUUGCAAGUCUGAGCUCAGGGUCCUUGUGCUCAAAUUGCUCUCCAUACUUUACUGGACCCUGUUCAGCCCUGCAAUGUGCAUCCUCAUAUAUCUGUACAGUCCUGUUCGGUGGUACUUUAUAAUCACCAUGGUUCUCUUUGUGCUGCUAGAGAGAAUAUUUGGCGGACUGGAGAUGGUCGAACUUGCACGUUACCGGUUUUUUCACAAACAGCCGCGUUUAAAUGUAAAGAAACAGGAGUGAGACCAUAAGGUCCACAGUGUUAAUGGCCAAGGGGUAUUUUGGAAAUGUGUCGAGCCUUUGUACACGGAGAUGCGGUUUUGCAUGACUAUGUCAAAUAUUUCUACUACCAUCCUUAUUUGUUAAAGAUACUUUGCACUUAGUUUUGUGGGAAAAUAUUGCUACACACUUUUUUUUUUUUUUAACUCUCUGAAUGUAAUUUCAAUACGCCUAGCAGGGAGCGAUCGCUAUAAAAUAACUCGGGCCAGAGUGUCCCUAAAGCAGCCACCAGGCUGUUAGCAGACAAGGGACACACAAGAUUUUCCUACAGGCCCAAUCCUAUUUCGUAACAAACUCCAGAGACAAGAGGCAGAUGCGGGGCUCAGAGCAAGGGCUGGCACUUGACACUGGAGGUGAGAGCCCUUCCUCUGGGUUCCCUCCCCCAGCACUGUCCCCCUGGCUCAUUUCUAUGCCAGUCAAACCAUUGCAUCCUUUCCUAAGGCCAGAAAACAGAAACCCCACGUCCUUCAACCAACCAACCAUUUUGCUGGGAAGCCCUUCAUUAUUCAUAAAACCUUGACAUUUAGCCUCGCACUUACCUAGACAUCAGAAGACCGUCUGUGUCCUUUCUUCCUAUGGAUAGUAAGACCUGGACAUUUCUCAGGGAGCAACCACAGGCUCUCCGCUUAGAAACCUUAGUUUGGAUUUGUACAGAUAGGAACGAAGACCGUUCAGUUGUUUCCUUCUACUUUUGCGUGCUCCAAGCUGGUUUCCUUGACGCUCAUCGGCAGGGGUAGCUUUUUCUGCAUGACAUCGAGUUACUUACCUUUCUAAAGGAAUGCAUGGAAGGGUCUGUCACUGUGGUCAGAAACUCUUGAAGUUGUGUCUGUUGAAAUAGUUCUUUAAACCUGCCCCGAAAAGGAAGGAUACUGUAUUUUCUGUAUGUGCAUGGGUAUCUGGCAUCUGCGUUAAAGCAACAGCGUGUGCAGCCCGGGUGGUCAUGGCUCAGCCUCAGUUCCUCCCUCGCAGCCCUGACGGAUUUUUGAUAACAGGAAAAUGAACCCCUUUUUAAUGAUAAUGAGGGCUCUUGCUCUCAUUUUUUAGUCCCAGGCUGCCUGUUUGAGUACUAAAAUUUAAAUCCACUUUUGACCAGUCGUUUGCCUAAAUAUUCCUGGUGCUUGGAGUCCACAGGAAUUCCAGCAGACCAACAGCACCAGCCUCCUUCUGAGGCAGAAAGGAUGCGUGGUCCUUGUCUCCACCCUGCUGGAGCUGGCCCGACUGUUUUUGUCAUAGGAUAGGUUCGCUGGUCAGAGCAGCAGAAAACGUGAGGCAGUGAGAAAUCUCGAGCUGCUCGCAGACCUGCCCGCUUUCCUCCUGCCUCCCACCGGCCUCAAACGCUACUGCUUUAUGGACCCUUUUGGCAUGAAUGCCUUCUCCGUAACUACAGCCCAUUUUUGCUCAGCAGUGACUUGUAUCCAACAAUGGAAACAUGCGUUAACAUGAAAGGUAAGCACAUUGUGAGCCGAACUUACCGAGGAAAAGGGCCGGGUUGCUUUGCAGAACACCGUUGACACCACUUUUACUGGAGGGGGACCGAGGAGUGUGUGCGCACGCACCGGCCUAUAUUUAACCACACCCCCAAGGCCCUUUUCCUUCCUGCCUGGAGCCACUAAUUACUUACUGUGCACAUCUGCUCCAGACCCAGCUGUUUAAUCCCGUGGUUUUUAAGGUUUUUCUUUUUUAGCCUUUUUUUUUGGUCCUAAUAAAAGAGGUUUCUAAUUUAGUUUUCUCUCAGACCUCCUCUUGAUUAUAUUUGGAAACACAGUUUUACAAUUAGCCUUGCAUUUGUCCUGGGCAAGAGAAGAGCUGCGUCUUCUACCCCACACGUGUUUGUACUGUAGCCCACCCAGCCGCGCGCCCUCCAGCUCCCCGGCUCCUUGUUUGUGGUGAAACCUUUAGAGGAUGGCGUGAAAGCUGUACAAGAGGAAAGCUCUUUCCUUUCCUCUUUAAGAAAAUGUUUUCUUUGGAUCAUAAAAGACAUGUUUAAGAUAAUGCAAACUUUGCUUUACUACCCAAAAUUCAUACGCACCCAAACUGGGGAGUACAGACAUCGUACCUGCUCUCUGAAUCAGAAAUGAUAACUUCAAAGAGAAAGAAGUUGCUUCUUUCUGUUUUGUUUUCUGGGGUCUUGUGUUUUCGCAGUAAGGCUUCUUAUAAAGUUGUAAUUCUUUGUUCCUACAUGUUUGGCUUUUUUAAGAGAAAGAAUUUAAAGAAAUAGUGAAUGAUUUGGAACUUAGAGCUUUGUAAAUUGGUUAAAAAAUGUCAAGUAAAAAUUAACUUCAGUGUUAUGAUCGGCCUCAGGAAUGAGCCCUCCACCCCUUCCCAUCUCAUCACUCUGGACUCAGAGCAGCUGUCAGUCCUUCUGAGUCUAUCCACUCUCUUCCCACUGAACACUCUUUCGGUCCUUUGAAGAUCAGCUUAGAAGCAGGUUGUGAAAUGUUUACAGUACCAUCUGUCCAGCUGUUCGCUCUUUACCAUUCUAAAACGUUUUAAACAAAGCAAAUGUGCUUUGUAUGGGAUGUGAACCAUUAUACUUAAAAUAGUAAACUACGAGGAAGGGCGCUGAUGGGGUCCCAGGUUUUACCACCAGAAAGCUCUGACAAGCGGCCAAAGUCACUAUACAAACCAGUGGGUGAAUGUGGUGAAAGACCAGAAGAAAACGUUAAACAGCCCGUAAUUUCAAACUCCUAUUAAAACCCUUCCUUGUUUGUAACACUACUAACACACACGUUAGGGAGAAAUACCAGCUUCCACUUGUGUCCCUUUGACAUUAGUUACUUCUCCGCACCACACUGGGAGCUGGACUUUGGUGGCCAGAAUUCUGCAGAAGGGGUGACGUGCCCAUUGCACCCAGUCUGCAGGCUCUCGGCCUGACCGCGAUGCCCCUGUGCACUUUUGUAAUAGAGACUCUAAUGGGAGGGAGCCUGUUGGUAUUAAAUUGUUUACAUUUCUUUAUAUAAAUAACGUGCUUUCAGUGCCUUAGUUAUGGGUCCCUUUCUUUUCUUGUUCCGAGAAUUCUACAAUGUGUUUCUUAGGUAAAAGUCUCUUUUUGCUACUCACUGGGAGGAAAAUGGUUUGUAAACACUGGUCACUGUGGUAAACACUAUUUUGUGGGGACAUCUGGAGAGGAGAGCUUGAUGCUGAGGUAGCCUUUGCCUUAGAGCUAUUAUUUAUGCUGUAGCAAGCAAACACGGUCUUGUCAUGCAAUGAACUUCAGAUUGGAGAUGGCCCAGAAGUUGUCUCAUACCAACCUUAAGCUUUUAUUUCAGAAGAGAAUCUUGGUUUUGGUAAUUUAUUUUUUAAAAGAUUAUGUACAAAACAAGUUUUAAAAAUAACUCACAGAAUGGCCUUAGUUUUCAAUGUCCACUAGUAUGUUUACGAGUUGUGUUACCUGUAAUUUACAUCCAGAAUAAAAUGGAAUGAAUCAGA